AUGCUAAUGCGGGUCAGUCUGCGGAAGAUGUUCUUCUCGGUCGGCGCCAUUGUUGGCACUGUCUACCUGCUAAACAUUUACGGCAUACUAAGGUCCGACAUGCUCAGGUCGGGACACUCGCGGGUCAACUAUGAGCGCCAGCAAGCCGUGCGCGACGCCAUGAAGCACGCGUGGAGCGGCUACCGACAAUUUGCCUUUGGUCACGACGAGUUCCAGCCAUUGACGCGCACGUUCAACUCAAAGUGGGGCGGGUGGGGCAUUACGCUGGUUGACGCGCUCGACACGCUGAAGCUGAUGGGCCUUGACGAAGAGUACAGCGAGGCAAAGCGCCUGGACUUCCAGAUGCAGGUGUUUGAGAUGACCAUUCGCGCGCUAGGCGGGUUGCUGGGUGCCUACGAGCUUGACAACGACCCCAUGCUGCUGAAGAAGGCGACCGAGGUCGGCGAUGUUUUGCUGUGGGCGUAUGAUACGCCAACGGGCCUGCCAGCGUCGCGGCUGGACAUCAACAAUCGAUUGCUGAGCGGCAGCACGCUGCUGUGCAUUGCAGAAGGUGGCACCAUGCAGCUCGAGUACCAGAAGCUGGCACAGCUGACCGGAAACGACACAUACCGCAGGAUGGCGGAGCGUGCUAGCAAUGCGCUAGAGAAUGGACAGCGCAAGUACAAGGGCCUGUAUCCGACAUAUAUCGAUAUCCACAGUGGCCAGUACGUUAACAACACGGCGCUGUCUGUCGGCGCCAUGGCCGACAGCUUCUAUGAGUACCAGCUGAAGCAGUAUAUUCUCAACGGCAAGCGCGAGCAAAAGUACAAGGACUGGUACGUGACAUCGUCGGAGGCCGUCAAGGAGAAGCUGGUGAGGACCGCCUGGGGCAUGAAGUACAUUGGCCACUGGGAUUACAACGAGUCGCUGUUUGUGCAAGAAAUGCAGCACCUCACAUGCUUCUACCCAGGCCUGUUGGCAUUGGGGGCGCGUGUGCUUGACCGUCCUGAGGACCUCCGGCUGGCUGAGGAGAUCACCGAGACAUGCUACCUGUCAUACCGCAAUAUGCCGACCGGGCUGGGUCCCGAAAAAAGCAUCUUUGUGCUCUACCGGAUUACUGGCGACGACAAGUAUCGCGAGUGGGGAUGGAACAUCUUCAUGGCCAUCGAGAAAUACGCUCGCACACCCUACGGAUACGCAGCAGUGCGCAACGUCGGCGAAAGGUUGGUUCAGGAAUCCAACUGGGAAGACUCGAUGGAGUCGUUCUUCCUGGCCGAGACACUGAAGUAUCUGUAUCUGCUGUUUAGUCCGCCCAACCUCAUCUCACUCGAUGAGUAUGUGCUAAACACCGAAGCUCAUCCGUUCAAGAUCAUAAAGUAG